AUCUGCGCAUUUAAAGUAUUCGUGAAGCUCAUCAAAGUUUGUAUUUAAGAUGCAAUUCAGUUAUUUAGUGUGUCUGUUGGUCCCAGUUAUUUGGCUGGCAACAACGGGUCUGGUUACCUGCACUGACGAACUGGUGAAUGGAUGUAGCGAUUGUGGAGGUGUAUGUCGUGCUCAUAAAUGCAAUAAAUGUGAGACAGAAUCAGCAAUUUGCAGUGCCGAUUGUAGAAAUGAACGAGUUUGCUGUUUGCCAUGUGUCGAUUGUGCUGAUGAUUGUGGUGGCAGAUGCCGUGCUCAUAAAUGCGAUAGAUAUGAAAAAGAAUACAACUGCUCUAGCUGUGGACGUAAUCGGGUGUGCUGUGUGUAAAAUAUAAAUCGGGAUACUGAACCAAUGCAACUUCUAAAUCUACUGCUUAUUGUGUGUCUUAUGUAGUUAUUAUAAUUGCUCGCAAAAUAAAGAAAAGAAACAAUCAUAGAA